AUGAAUGAGAAUAUAAAACAAAAAAGAAUGAUGAAGGAAAUUGAGCAUUUAAGCAAAAAUCCUUCUGAAGAUUACACUGCUUCUCCUUUAAGUAAUGACCUCUAUACUUGGCAUUUCACAAUAAGAGGACCUACAGAAACAGAAUUUGAGGAAGGAAUUUAUCAUGGAAAAAUAAUGUUCCCUUUUAAUUAUCCUCUUGAACCACCUGAUAUCUAUUUUUUAAACAAAAGUGGAAGAUUUGAAGUAAAUUAAAAAAUUUGUUUAACUAUCACAGGUUUUCAUGCUGAAUAAUGGAAUGCUUCUUGGACUAUGAGAACAAUUUUAGAAGCUUUGAUUAGCAUGUUCCCAGAAAAAGAAUAAGUAUAGAGUGUAGGAUCGAUUGUUCACUCUAAUGAUGUAAGAAAGAAAUUAGCUAAAGAAAGUUGGAAUUUUGAAUGCGAAAAAUGUGGGCCAAUCAACAAAAUUCUAAAAUAAAGAUAAAAAUAACCAAAAGAACCAUAAGUUAAUAAAAAUUUAGGUAAUUCUCAAGCUUAAAAUGAAUAAAAUGUUGAGGAAACAAUAGAAAUAGCGAAAGAAAUAGAUAUAGAAAAAGAAAAAUAGAAUUUAGAUAAUUUAGAAUAAAAGAUAUAAAAACUAUAAUAAGAAAAGCCUAAAAUUAAUACACUUUAAACUAAUAUCUAGCAAAAAAGAGAGCCCAUAAAUUUAUAAAACCAAAGCCAAGUUUAUUAAUAGGAAAGAUAAUAUAGCUUCGAAUAAGUUGCCAAAAAUUUAGAAGAAGUAGUAAAUGUAAUCAAUUCUAUUAGAAUUAUAAGCAAUGAUAGUCAAACUAAAGAGAAAGAAAAAGCUAAUCCAAAAAAUGAAUAGUCUAAUCCUCAAAAAUAAAACGAUUCAGAUUAGCAAAAAGAAAAUUAAAAAAAUUCAGAUCUUAAACAAAAGUAAGAUUUAGGGAAUCAAAAUUAAAUGAGUGAUUAGAAUAAAGAAAAAUAACAACAAUAAGAGCCUGAAGAAGAGGAAAAAUAAUAGUAAAACCAGAGUAGAGAAUAAAAUAUUAAUGAAUUAGAAACAAACAGGCUUAAUAAUUAAGAUAAUAAAAGUUAAAAUGAAUAGGAUAAUAUUAAUUUAAAUUAAGAAAAUUAAAAAGACUUAGAAGAAAGUAAAUUAGAUUAACCAAAUCCAUAAUAAAAAGAUUAGGAAAACUCAAAUCCUGAUAAUGAAUAGUAAGUGCCUCAAAGUGAAGAAAGCAAGUAGGAAGCAAUUUAGAAAGUAAAAAAGCUAGAUGCUUUGUUAUUAGUAACCUCAAUAAUGUUUAUUUUAUAUCUUACUUUUCUCUUUCAAUAUAAUAUCUGA